AUGUUCCCGAACCGUUUUUCCUAUCCUUGUUCCUCAACCCUGAUUUCUGGGCCACCCCAACUUCCCCCUACCCAUUCCCCCUGCUCCCAUCUGCACAUUCGCCCGCGCUUUCCCACGUCAACCACACAUCCCCUCGUCGCAAUUGCUGAUAGUAAACAUACCGCGCUUCAGAUCGUCACCCGCGCUCCCCUCAUCACCCUCGUCGACCCGCACCGAUCCUCGCCGCCCUCACCUCCCUUAGUCACCCACAUUCCCUCUCGUCGCUCGCGCUUCCCCUCAUCACCCUUGCCGACCCUCGCCGCCCUCGCCUCCCCUCGUCGCCCGCGCGUCCCGUCGUCGGGCUUGCCUCCCAGUCACUCGCGCUUCCCCUCGUCAUCCGCGUUUCCAUCCGCUCUUCCCAUCUCACCAUCUCCAGCCCGCCCUUCCUCAUUCCUUCCGAAGGGGUGGGACAGAGGGGGAGGAACAGAUGGGGAGGAACAUAUGGGGAGGAACAUAUGGGGAGGAACAUAUGGGGAGGAACAGAUGGGGAGGAACAGAUGGGGAGGAACAGAUGGGGAGGAACAGAUGGGGAGGAACAGAUGGGGAGGAACAGAUGGGGAGGAACAGAUGGGGAGGAACAGAGGUGGUCGCUUCCGCCACCACAAUCGAACAGCGUUUCGAUCCCCUCUCUGCUCCCCACCAUCCUCCCCCCAACUCUCUCCCCGGCAUCUGCCCCCGUUCCCCCCAUCCUCUUCCCUGUUUCCCCGUAUCCCCUGCCGUGCUUCCCCCCAUCAUAUCCCCUCUUACCCCGUAUCCCCUGCCCUGCUUCCCCCCAUCCCUUCCCUGCUUCCCCCCAUCCCCCUCCCUGUUUCCCCCCAUCCCCUUCCCUGCUUCCCCUCAUCCCCUUCCCUGCUUCCCCCCAUCCCCUCCCCUGCUUCCCCCCAUCCCCCUCCCUGCUUCCCCCCAUCCCCCUCCCUGCUUCCCCCCAUCCCCUUCCCUGCUACUUCCCAUCCCUCCCCCUGCUUCACCCCAUCCCCUCCCCUGCUUCCCCCCAUCCCCUUCCCUGCUUCCCCCCAUCACCUUCCCUGCUUCCCCCCAUCCCCUCCCCUGCUUCCCCCCAUCCUAUCCCCUCUUACCAAGUAUCCCCUGCCCUGCUUCCCCCCAUCCCUUCCCUGCUUCCCCCCAUCCCCCUCCCUGUUUCCCCCCAUCACCUUCCCUGCUUCCCCUCAUCCCCUUCCCUGCUUCCCCUCAUCCCCUUCCCUGCUUCCCCCCAUCCCCUCCCCUGCUUCCCCCCAUCCCCCUCCCUGCUUCCCCCCAUCCCCCUCCCUGCUUCCCCCCAUCCCCUUCCCUGCUACUUCCCAUCCCUCCCCCUGCUUCCCCCCAUCCCCUUCCCUGCUUCCCCCCAUCACCUUCCCUGCUUCCCCCCAUCCCCUCCCCUGCUUCCCCCCAUCCUAUCCCCUCUUACCCCGUAUCCCCUGCCCUGCUUCCCCCCAUCCCUUCCCUGCUUCCCCCCAUCCCCCUCCCUGUUUCCCCCCAUCCCCUUCCCUGUUUCCCCCCAUCCCCUUCCCUGCUUCCCCUCAUCCCCUUCCCUGCUUCCCCCCAUCCCCUACCCUGCUUCCCCCCAUCCCCCUCCCUGCUUCCCCUCAUCCCCUUCCCUGCUUCCCCCCAUCCCCUCCCCUGCUUCCCCCCAUCCCCCUCCCUGCUUCCCCCCAUCCCCUUCCCUGCUACUUCCCAUCCCUCCCCCUGCUUCCCCCCAUCCCCUUCCCUGCUUCCCCCCAUCCCCUGCCCUGCUUCCCCCCAUCCCCUUCCCUCCUUCCUCCCAUCCCCUUCCCUCCUUCCUCCCAUCCCCUUCCCUGCUUCCCCCCAUCCCCUUCCCUGCUUCCCCCCAUCCCCUUCCCUGCUUCCCCCCAUCCCCUCCCCUGCUGCCUCCCAUCACUCUCAUUCUCCUUCCUCCCGCACUCACUCUCUCAGUCCUCUCGCACUCUCUCUCUCUCCGUCCUCUCGCACUCGCACUCUCCUUCCCGCCACCCUCAGCCCUCCUUCCCCUCACCCUCUCCCCUGUUCCCACCUGCCCUCCCCAUCCCCGCCUUUCCCUCCCUGCCCUGCCCUUCCCUUCUCCAUCCCUUCUCAACCCUUCCCUUUCAUGUCAUGCCCUCCCUUCCCCCUCACCUUCCGCCCUCUAGUUCCCAUGCAUGUGCACCCAUCACUGUCUCCCCAUACCAGUACAUGCUUUCAUCAUGUGCGCUUGCUUGUGUUCCCCUGCAGUUGUUCCCUUGGCACCUCACACCACCCCCCCCAUGUUCCGUCACACAAUUCUUUCUGCCUACUCCACUCCCCAAAUUUUCAGUGAAGCAGAGGAGCAAGCUGAGGCGCAGCUAG